AUGCUCGCCCAAUCUCCUGGAGGAGGACGUAAAGGAGGAUCCUCCCACUUGGAGUCCAUGCACAAGCCUGUUGAGAAGGGGGGGAGCGUGCGGCAGGUGCUGGAGCAUCGGGAAGAAGCUAAGCCUGUGAUGAAGCAUGGGGCUGACAAGAAGAGGCAUGCUCAAGCGGAUCACAAGCAGCAGCAUCCAGUAUGGCGCCCAGGAGGGUAUGCUCUCGUUGGCGAUAUGUACAAGGACAACGGAAGGAAGGUUGCUCGGGGCCCUUACUUUGGAGUCCCCCGGGACUACUGGAGGAGGGAGGAAGAGAACCUCUUGCCUUCUGCUGGGCCAGGCGCUCAAGCCUCCUCCCCGUUGAUCCAUCACAGGAGCGCAGUGAAGCCGCAGCAGGGAAUCUACGGUUUGCACUCAGACAAGCAGCAGGUGUGGGAGAGUGUCAUACCAGCUAGAGCUGGACCAUGGUCAGUGUUCAAGCAGAGGUAUCAUCUGCAGAACGGACCCAGCCGUCCCCUUCCUAAGGGGGUUGUCAAGGUUGGACCUGAUUGUGUCGGUCCCAUCGUCGAGUUCCGUGAGAGGAGGGCAGACAUGCGAGAUCAUGCGAGAGGGCACGAGAGGAUCGAUGUGGACAGGGUGCAAGUGUAUCCCCCAUGGCCGAUAGCCCAGGCCAUAGAACAAGCAUGGCAGGGACAAGAGAAGUUUGCGAAGAGGGGCGUGUAUUUCGAGGAUGACCUCAAGUUUGAGGACCAAUCAAGACCUCAGCAGGCGCCCUUGAAUGCGAGGAGGAGAAAGAUCAUAGCGGAUCUGUUCAGCAGGAUUGGGCCAGGAUCCGACGGCAAGCUAGAAGUCCAGGAACUUUUCAAGGCGAUGAAGGUCGAUAAAUUCAGGAAGUUGUUUGACUACACGUCAAGGCAGGGAACGAAGGUUGUGAGAGAUGACGAACAGGAGCAUCUUGUUGGUUUGUUUGUGUCGCUCCUCAAGCAUGAGGCCGACGCCAAGAUCACCAGCCAAGAGUUUGAACAGGUGAUGGUAGCAUUGGGCUGCCACAUCUAUGAAGAUGAAGAGUUCAGGACGCUCACUCGCACACUCUUUGAGGAAUGA